AUGCAGAUAUCAAUCAGACAAACUGAAUUUUUUGAUAUUGCUCUCGAGCAUAUUAUACCCAAUCUUCCCUACUGUCAGUCUAUUUGUUUAGUUCUAUUUAUUCUUUUUCAUAUCUAUUUAUCAAUACCAAUAUUUUUAUAUCUAUCUAUCUAUCUAUCUAUCUAUCUAUCUAUCUAUCUAUCUAUCUAUCUUACCUUUCGUAUCUAUCUAUAUAUCUAUCUAGCUAGUCACUCAAUAUCUAUCUAUCUAUCUAUCUAUCUAUCUAUCUAUCUAUCUAUCUAUCUAUCUAUCUAUCUAUCUAUCUAUCUCAGUGUCUUCUUUAUCUAUCUAUCUAUCUAUCUAUCUAUCUAUCAAGGUUUAUUCAUUUCUAUUUUAGAAUGCUCCCAUAUCUCUCUAGCUGUCUAUCUCAUUCUCUUUAUGAUUUCAUUCUAUCACGUUUCUCCGUCUUUCAUCAUGUUUGACAUUCUAUCUAUCAUAGUCUAUUCAAAUCUAUCUACGCAUCUGGUUUCACACUCUUCUCCCUUUACGAUUCUACCACUCCACCCACCACCUCUCCCUCUCCCUCCCUUCGUCUCUCUUCCCCCUCUAUAUUUUUCUCUCCUGUCUACAACACCCUCUUGUGUUUCAUCUUUCGCACUGUACCGCUCUUUCUCACAGGCUUGUCUUUCUCAUCACUCUUUUCUAUUUGACGCUGUUUCUUUCUUUCUUCACUCUCCCUUGCUCUCUCUCUCUUUCUCUCAGACCACCCCAUUCGCAGAUGAUUCUAUAUUGACAUGUCCGUUUGCGAAGUUGUGUCCACGGGCGUGUUUCUUUGGAUUUUUUUUUUGUUUUCAAAUUCAUCUAUCUAUCAUCUAUCUAUCUAUCUAUCUAUCUAUCUAUCUAUCUAUCUAUCUGGCUCAUCUAUCUAUGUAUCUGAUCUAUUUCUCUAUAUAUCAACCUAAUUCAUCUAUCUAUCUAUCUAUCUAUCUAUCUAUCUAUCUAUCUAUCUAUCUAUCUGGUUCAUCCACCUAUGUAUCGAGUUCAUCUGUCAAUCAACCUGGUUCUUCUUCAUCUGUCAAUCAACCUGGUUCUUCGUUAUAUUAUCUAUCUAUCUAUCUAUCUAUCUAUCUAUCUAUCUAUCUAUCUAUCUAUCUAUCUGUGUAUUUCAUACCUAUCUAUCUAUCUAUCUAUCUAUCUAUCUAUCUAUCUAUCUAUCUGGCUCAUCUAUCUAUGUAUCUGAUCCAUUUCUCUAUAUAUCAACCUAAUUCAUCUAUCUAUCUAUCUAUCUAUCUAUCUAUCUAUCUAUCUAUCUAUCUGGCUCAUCUAUCUAUGUAUCUGAUCCAUUUCUCUAUAUAUCAACCUAAUUCAUCUAUCUAUCUAUCUAUCUAUCUAUCUAUCUAUCUAUCUAUCUGGCUCAUCUAUCUAUGUAUCUGA